AUAUAGUAAUUAAAUGCAAGAGUUUAAGAAUGAGUUAAAAACAGAUUAAAAUGAAAAGCAACAACUUUUAGUUGUUUUUUUUUUUUAUCUUCUUUCAAUACCAUAUCGGUUGAAAUCUAGUGUCACUAACAUAUACAAGAAAACCCACUUAAAAAGAAUAACACAUUGAUUUCAUUUGAAAUCUAGUGUUUGAGCUUGAAGUAAGUGUGAUUCUUUAUAACAUUUUCAACCUCCAAAAAUGUUAUCCUUUUAUGAAGUAUGAUAUAUUAUAAGUAACAAUAUGUCGAUAUUCUUUUCCCAUAUACAAUGUCUAUAAUCCACUAAUUUUAUCAUGACAAAAAGAAUAAGAUACCUUAUAUCUAGAACCUACCAUAUGUGCAUUUUUUUUAACGGCCAUAAUAAGAGAAUAAAGCACGCUAAGUGUGAAAUUUUAAUCUCAGCACACAAUCAAAAAAGUGGAAGGAAUCAAUCCUUAAAAUAUAUAUACGCCUAUAAUUGCUUCUAAAAUUCCCAUUCUAUAAAAAGUAAAACACUGCUUUUCAUAUGCGUGUGCAAUUAUCCUCUAGCAGUGUUUUUCUAACAUGAAUAGCCGCAACAACAAUCUCAUGCACACUGUCUAUUGGCAACAUGCUGAUGCACCUUAUGAAGUAUCUUCAAUAUCACUUGUUCCUAGCUCUAUGCCUGGUGUUGUAGGGCGAACGGGUUCAUUGGGGUCCACUCAGGAGAGAGUGUAUGGGAUACCCUUUUCCUUUAGGGCUACAUCUCAACCUCCGAUACAAAACCUAUCACGCAACACCACCAAUCAAAGAAACGGAUACCCGAGGCAAACAUCGACCACCCAAUCUCCAAUUUUAACCGAGCAAAAUAAAGGGCUUGAGAAGCUUAAGAAAGAAAUUUACAACCCGGGGUUGCAAAGGGUAAGUUUAUAUUAUAGGGAUCCUGAUUUUAGAGCCAAAUCACGUGAGAAAAAUAACAAAGAAGAUGGCAAAAGAUGUGCGGUUUGUUUAGACGAUUUUGAAGCGGGAGAAAUGGUGACAUUGACACCGUGUAAUCAUAUGUUUCAUGGAGAUUGUAUUGUGCCAUGGGUGAAGAGCAAUGGCCAAUGUCCGGUUUGUCGGUUUGUUAUUAGUGAUAGGAGUAAAGAGCGUGAAGGAAUGGGAACGAGUGAUAAUCAUGGGGUUGUGGUGGGGGGUGAUAUGAUUCCAAGAGAUAUGAUUGAUUUUAUUAGACAUAUGGAAGGUAGAGGUUGAUCUUGAAAGGAAUAGUGUGUUAUGUUUGGCAUUUUUCUUAUUUUGUAUCUAAUCCAAGAAAGAAAUGAUGCCACUAUGUGUCUUCAUUUUGUAGAUGUAUAUAUGUCAAAUGCAAGAAAUAUUAAUGUAUGUCUAGUCAUUUGUUUUUA